AUGUACUAUUUGCUCACGAGUGAUCACACUACUACUACUACUACUAAUACUAAUGAUAAUAAUAAUAAUAAUAAUAAUAAUAAUAAUAACGAUAGUAGUAGUGCUAUGGAAUGUAUUACUAGUGAAGGGUGGAGACACCGUACUCUAAAUAUUUAUUUGACCGUAAAAUCACAAAAAGCUAGUUUGACACAUUUAUAUAUCGUAUUCAUAAAUCCAGUAAAUAAAUUCAAUAAUUAA